AUGCAAUUGAUAGCUGUCUUGAUUGCCGCUUACAACGCAGUAGAAAAGAAGGUUAUUAUGCUAACUCGAUAUUACGAAUUGAAUUCAAUAGGAAUAUUCUAUAGAAACACUGUGAAGGAUUCCAUGAAGUUCAUCUGUCGAGAAUCAGUUAUAGGCCUAGACAAAGGAACUUGGUAAUUCAUGCAAUUGAUUUUAAGACAUUCAGUAAUGCACGAAGAUAAAUAUUGCCAUAUAUAAAUGGGAUAUGGAAGUGAUAAACUAGAAGUAUAUGCAUUUUGCGAUCAGGACUACCCUAAAAGAAUAGCAUUUGCCUUUCUAAAUGUAGUUCUACAAGAAUUUUAGAAAAAAGUAGGAGAUGCUUGGAAAAAGUACAAAGAAGAUGAAAGCAUAGAGGUUCCAGAAAUUAAGCAACUAUUUUAAGAGUAUUAAGAUCCAAAGAAUGUUGAUAAGGUUCUGUUAGCACAAACAAAAGUCGAUGAAACCAACAUUAUUAUACAUGAGAACAUAAAAAAACUAUUGGAGAGAUAGGGUGAUUUGGAUUAAUUGGUUGCUAAGAGUAAUAGUUUAUCAGCUGGUGCUAAAAUGUUCUAUAAAUAAUCUAAGGAUAUGAAUAAAAAGAGUUGUUGUGAAAUUUUUUGAUUUUUUUAAUUUUAUCGAAAAGAGAU